AUGGCUCGUAAGGCCAGGCAGAGGAUCAGCUAUGUCUUGCCUUUAGCCAAUUCCGCCGGCGGUCAUCGGCUCGGUGUCAAUGGCCUCGCAGUAGACUCUGCCAACUCCCUUCUAUACUCUGGUGGUCGCGAUGGAGUGAUAUGUGCUUGGGACCUGAACCUUGAUCUUGAGAAUGCCACGGCUCUGGACUACGAUGCCAAAAUCCCGCAGUCCCAGCCGACGACGUUCCGUAAUCAAGUUCAAGCCCACACGCAUUGGAUCAACGACAUUGCCUUGGCGCAUUCGAAUCAGGCACUCGUAUCAGCUUCGUCCGAUGUCACAGUCAAAGUAUGGCGACCCGCAGCUACGGAUGGUAUGCCGCCGCAGACGAUUGGCCUCCACAGCGACUACGUAAAGACACUGGCGGUGCCAUACUCGACAUGCGACUGGGUAGCAAGUGGUGGGCUCGAUCGCAAGAUCAGCCUGUGGGAUCUUAACGGCGCGGGUCAAAAGCUCAGCAUUGAUGUUGCCGCUGAUGAAGCAGCGAGUAUGCUCAGCAAAGAGAAGGGCAGUGUCUACGCAUUGGCAGCGACCAACUCAUUACUAGCUAGUGGUGGACCAGAGAGCACAGUCAGAGUAUGGGACUGCCGGACAGGCAAGAGAGUGACGAAGCUUGUGGGGCACACAGACAACAUCCGCGAUAUUCUUGUCAGCCAGGACGGGUCCACGAUCCUGACCGCGAGCAGUGAUCGCACUGUCAAGGUAUGGAGCACGAUCGCGGGACGAUGCAUGUUCACCUUGACAAUGCACGAUGCGAGCGUUUGGUCACUAUUCUCGUCAGAUCCGGACCUCUCCAUCUUCUACUCGAGCGAUAAGACUGGACUGAUCGCGAAGACGGAUACCCGAAACACGAUCGAGCUAGACGAGGGCUUGUCAGUAGCUGUUGGCCAGGAACAUGAAGGCGUGCACAAAGUUGUCACAGCUGGCGACUGCAUAUGGACGGCGACCAGCAGACCGAGCAUCAACAGGUGGCGCGAUGUCAACACCGAUAAUGCCGAGAUCGAAGUGCCGGAGAACUACAACACACAUAGGCUGAGCUCAGCGACUGCCAGGUCGAGAUACCCCAGCCCGCCCACGAAAGACAGCUUUAGUCCCAUGGCAAGGGCGCCUACAGGCAAGAGACAGAUACCUUUGAAGCACGCAUUACGGUUGAGCAAUACAGCGUACUUUCCUACCCCGCUAGUAGAGGCUGGUGAGGCCAACGGCAUUACCGGUGGACGAAGGUCGACACUGGAGACACUGAACCAGGAUACCGUACAUUCACAGCCAGUUCGAGCGCAACCGGAGCUUUCGGUAGAGGGUCAAAAUGGUCUCAUCAAGCAUGUAAUGCUUAACGAUCGGAAACGCGUGCUGACGCUGGAUACUGCUGGUGAAGUCGUGAUGUGGGAUCUGCUCAAAUGUGUGCCUAUCAAGUCAUUUGGGAAACGUCAUCUCGAAGACGUGAAAGACGAAGUCACGACAACCACGGCUGUGGCAAACUGGUGUACUGUCGACACAAGGACCGGGAGCGUGGCUGUUGUACUCGAGGAGAACACUUGCUUCGAUGCCGAAAUGUAUGCUGACGAGCUGGACCUAGACGCGAAUCUAGAGUUCAGAGAAGACCAGCGUAUCAACCUUGGAAAGUGGGUCUUGCGUUAUCUGUUCAAUAUACUGAUCAGUGAGGAAACCAAACGCGACGAGGCCUUCCGGAAACAACUUUUAGGCAACAAAGAUCAACGACUCCAACGGGACAAUGCUCCCUCGAGUAUACAAUUGCCGCAGAUGCCCAUGAAUGGGUGGCAACCGGAUACACGCUCUGCCACCACCCCUAAGGCCAAUGGCAAUGGCGCCAAAGCUCUGCAGACUCCAGGCCUGAACAUCGGGCUAGCGACCCCAGGUGCACAAAACUCACCCCUCCUUAGCAAGACCAACACAAACAAUCUGCCGACCACGGCGGACAACAAUUUUCCGGAGCGCUCGUCUUCGCAGUCACAUCGUCAAUCAGGCGAAAAAGGCACCGACUACUUCUCCACGUCACGAAUACCGAACACCGAGCUCACCACGCCUGGAGCAACAUCACAGCCAGCGACUACACCACAUGAGACACAUGAUCCAUCCACUCCUACAACAGAAGGACCUCCCAAAGAUGGUGAGACCCCGAAGAAGGGUAUGUUUGGCAAGAAGUUCAGCAUGGGCAUGUCGUUUAGUGGAAUGAAGAAGUUGGGCAAGACCACCACAAACACCGAGAAGCCUGCUCCCACGGAAGAAGACAAAGUUGAGACUGAGUCGGAUUCUCAUUCAAGUAAGACGAGCAAUAGCCGUCAAGUGGACGACAACUUCCUUGGCACAAUCCAGAAGAUCCGCUUUGCUUACGAGGACUCUUUGCAACAACAAAUGCAAAGUCAACAAGCUGCAGAGAAUGGUCUGCCCAUCACAGCUAAGAAGAUCGAGCUACCAUCCGCCAUCGCUCCAUCAUUACCUGCCGAUACUCCCGUGCUGAAGCCACCACUCAAUACUACGAUCCUCAUCCAAGAAGAUCGUCCUGAGGCCGGUGGUGUCGCUGAUCUCUUCGAGGGCACAGUCGGUCAGCUGGGUGAGAUGGCAGAUCUGGUGGAAAGAGCUGCGCCGAUGUGGCUCGCAGAAGUACUCCUCCGCAACCAAAUCCCGGCGAAGGAUAUUGUCAAGAUCAGUUUCAUCCUGGAACCGUGGCAGAACGAACUUCCCUCAAUCGCGGCUGAUGGCAACAACAGGCUUAAUGCGAAUAGGAUGCUUAGAGCCAGAAAGAUCAUGUCCUACGUCGCCGACCGGAUCGAGCCGGCGUCUGCGCGGGAGGAGGACAGUGAGGAGGCACAUCUAAAGCCGGAGGAAUACCUCGAACUGUGGUGUCAAAAUCAACUCGUUCCUCCGACCAUGACACUUAUGACGAUACGAUCGCAUCUCUGGCGCGGUGGCGGCGAUGUUGUGUUAUACUACAAGUCUAAUGGCAGGAAGACUAUACGGUACGCACCACCAGUCCAGGUCAGCUCCGGCUACCCACCUACGAAUACGUCAGCGCCCGAACGAGAGAAUAGUGAUGCUGAGUCGGGCGCACCUGCUGUUCCGGUCAAUGCUGCAGCUAUGUGGGUGAAGCCCUGA